AUGGACCGUCGCCAGGCGCACGUGUUUGGCCGGCCCGCAAGCGCUCAACGAUGCGACUGGCGGAGGCGAGCACUGCCUACAGUCAACGGUAACGUGGGUGAGCCGCGUGGCUGGCCUGAUGUGGCGCACCUUUGCGGCGGCCUGCCCGAUACGGCUCUGCGGCGGGCGCGACUCACCACGGCAGCCUCCAUCGCGUUUGCGCUCGGCGUGCUCCCACCAGGGACCGUUGGCUGCGGCGCUGGCCGCGGCGAGGGCGGCCGCUUGCUGCUGUGGAUAGUCGGCGCUCGAGAGGCGAUGGAGGGAGAGCUUGCACGGCGCGGGCUCCUCGCCGAGCCCCUGGCCGCCCUCUGGCCACCAGCGGCGCGGCACGGCGUCGAGCUCAUCCUGUGCGGCCCAGAAAUGCGCGAGUGGGGCCCGGCCGACCAGCGUCCGCCGCCGCGGCCGCUCGUGCGUGCGGUCAGUGGCACGCUCCACUCGCGGCUGAAGGACGCGCCCGCGCUGACCACAGGGCCGGACGCAAUGCUGCUCCUCAACUCCGGCGUCGGCACGCUGCUGCUUCCUCUCGUGGCACCGUGGCUGCCCACCCUCGCCGCCGUGCUCGCGAUGCGCGCACCGUGCAUAUUAACAUGUUACAACGCCAGCGAGGCGGCGGGGCAGGAAGCGCUGCUCCGCCUCUUCGGCGCUCGCACCCUGCUUCCCUCGCGCCAAAACCCCCACCCUUCCGUCCGGCUCGUCCGCUGCGCCACGCGGGCCGUGCACCUCCUCGACGCGGCGACGGCAGAGCUCGCCGCGCUGCAGUCCGAGCCGGCGGAGGGAGAGGUGCCGCUGCCGCUGCCAGACAGGCCGCACCGCGUCGUCUUCGAAGGGCCCUUCGUCAACGCGCGGGCGCGGCCCUCUCUGAAGGCGGCGGUGACGCGCACCCUCCCGCGCGGCGCAGACCUCAGCGCGACCGCCCAGCGCGGCGUUUGGCUGCGCACGAAGGCGGGUGACUUUGUGUUGAAAUCGCACCCGGCGCUAGGCCGGCUGGUCGGGCAGGUGGUGGAUGAGGACGGCUUGAACCUCGGAAGGUAA